AUGGUCCCUCAAAAACUGCCCGCACUGCCUGACGAUUUACAUUCACUACAGCUGGAUUCCAUCCCGGGGGACCAUAUCCAGAGACCCUUAGACCUUUCGCCUACUGUUUCGCCGAUACUUGAAGCUCAAAGUCGGGCAAGCCUAAGUAGUUUCUGUGUCUCACCUAUCCGGGAUGAAGACCAUUUCCCGGAGGAUGCGCGACAGGAGACUAGGAUACCAUCAUCGUCACCUCCUAUUCCCCAGGCAGACUAUGAUGGCACACCCGCUCAUUCCCGGGUUCAACCUGUCCAACCUCCCCAGCAUUAUCAGGAUUCUAGACGAUUUAUCUCUGGCAAAUUGACACGCUGGGAUAAUUUUGCGGCCGAACCGAAUGACUUUGGGAUAGCUAGCCAGGUUGAUACCCGCAACACCUCUUUUUACAAAGCCUCCGGGGCUCCUGCCUUCGGGGCUCCUACGUCCAACCGGAGCCAAGGCUUCAAUCCCAAGAAGACUCUCAACGCAGCUCGACACCGGAUCAGCAGUUUUUCGAAGCACGAGGAUCUUUCACAAAAGGUAUCCAGAAGUAGAUCGACAUCACGUGUAUUUCCAGUGGAGGAGCAUUCCAGCAAGCGCAACGGCAACGGUGCGCUAAAGAUGAGUCCCCAGCUCGACAACUUUAGCUUCGCUCCUACAACUGUAACCACUAUCACCGCCGGUGGUCCAGUGUCAUUUCCCCGAAGACCGGUAACAGAGCACGCGCCAAUCCGCCUGCCGGAGGAGGACAAGCCACUACUCCAUUUCGACAACGAUUUCGGCGACCUGAUGCUCACGAGUGAUGAGUCCAGGAGCCGUUUCAGUGCAACUACAUACACAGCCACCGAACCCGGAAGUCAAGAUGCAAGUCCGCGGGAGAGUUUGCAGCUCGAAACCCGAUCGACAGACGAUGUAUCGAUAUCCUCUAUCAUGGCCCGCCGUCGCCCAGUCCCACCCGGCGUGACGACUUCGACCAAGCCCGCCCGAAAGCCCACUCCAUCCCAGGUCGAACAACCUGUCGGGCAGAUGCCCGCGCGGUCGCUUUCGCCCCCACCCGAGGUGCCACUAGACGCGCAGGGCCGCAUCAAAGCAAUGGAGACCAAGAGGGACAAUCUUGCUCAGCGCAAAUAUAGUUUGGAGACGUUGAUCGCUGAAUUGAGUAAGGCCAUUCAGCCUACCUCAGCUGCGUAUGAUCUGGCUGCGAAAGCCGAGGUCCAGAAAAGCAUCAAUGACAUCGAAGGCGAGAUUGCGGAUAUCAAGAAAGAAGAGCACGAUCUUGGGAUGAAGAUUGCUCGAGCGUGGCGUCGCUUGGACGAGAAGGAGAACUCUGGCGAUGGCAACAAUCUCUGGGUCAAGCGAGUCACUAGUUAG